AUGAAGACACCGUCUGGGCGAACACUUUUGUGUAUGCUGUGCGUAUUUUCACUUUCCUUAUAUCUGUGUAUGUUUAUUGGAAGUGACAGCGAUUACACCAACAGACACUUGUUUUCUAUCAUAUUUGGGACAAACGCAAAAUCCUUACGACCACUAAUCGACGACAACAAGACUAAGAUUGAGAGCAUUAAAAAGGAAACACAUACUAUCGAACCUACGUGCAUUCCAAGAAAUAACAUAGUAUUCUUGAAGACGAGAAAAGCAGGCGGAACAACAUUACAGAAUAUUUUCUGUCGGUAUGGAGACAGAAAUAAUCUGACAUUUGUUUUGCCACACCAAGGAUGGAUUUUGGGUUAUCCAUAUGCAUUUCAAAAGAAAUUUGCCAUAAGCCCGCCACCAAGCGGCUAUAAUAUAUUCUGCCAUGAGGCGGUUUUCAAUAAUGACGUCAUUACAGACAUGAUGCCGAAGAACACAGUAUACAUAACCAUAUUACGCGAACCACUUUCCCAUUAUGAAAGUACGUUUACUUAUUUUGAAAUCGGAAAAACGUGUGGGAUCCGCAGUUACAGCGCAAACUCACUUGAUGAGUUUUUUAAUUCACCAUCCGAAUGUUACAAGAAAACACCAAGGAACCACAUGUUGCUGAAUCUAGGGGCUACGUACAUGUCGUUCGAUGAUGACAGGGCAAUUGAGAUGACUAUUGAACAUUUGGAAGACAAGUUUGAUCUUGUAAUGAUUAUGGAACACUUUGAGGAAUCUCUUAUUCUGUUGAAAGAUCUUCUGUGUUGGACAACAGAUGAUAUUACAUAUUUUGAGUUGAAUCGUCGAGAGACUCAAUCCGUUCACAAACUCUCAGACACAUUGAAAAAUAAGAUUCGUCAGUGGAAUAAAGGGGACGUAGCGCUAUUCCAACACUUUAAUAAGACAUUUUGGGGGAAAGUACGAAACUUCGGUGAAAAGAAAAUGAGAAUUGAGAUAGAGAAUUUAAAGAUAAAAAUCUAG